AUGGUGUACGAAAGUGAUUCAGUACAGCGCCACUGUGCAAUAAUCAGCAUCAAAACCAAUCGCAUCAAGUCGAAUCAACACGGCUCAUCGCAUGAGCGUCGUUUCCGAUGGCAAAUUAAAAACAGUAAACAUAUUCAUANUCAUGAGGACCGACGAUCGACGACGACACCUUUCGACGGAACAAAUCCUAAUGAAGGAAAAACGGGAGGACUUUGGGGACCAAACUAUUUGGUGAAAGAAAGCGCACUGAAAAGGUUUCAAGUUUCAAAGCAAUUCCAAAACGUCGAUUCGAUCUACUCGCUGGUUUCGAAACAAUCAAUUUCAUUCGUUCGAAACAAUCAGAUAUGA